AUGAACUUAAUGAGAAGGGACAACCCAGCAAUCCCUGAAGAUUAUUAUCUCAACAAUUUUAUAUCUGGCCUGUCACCUUACAUCCAGAGACACCUUGAGUGCCUCAAGCCUAAGGAUAUGCAAAGUGCCAUAUGGUAUGCCAGGAGAGUGGAAAAGGCCAGCUUGGCACAACAGCAAAAACUGUACACUCCUCAAGUGAGAACACAAGUAAUUUUUGAUCAACCCAAACAACCUAUUGUCCCUACUGUAGCUCCCCCUCCUACAAAUAGGAAUGCAAUAAUAGAACAAGCCAAACUGAAUCAAGUUUGCUAUAAAUGCAGAGAACCUUGGGUGCCUGGGCACAGGCAGGUCUGCAAGGUGAGUCAAAAGGCCUAG